UUUUUUUUUUUUUUUUUUUUCUCUCUAUACUUCGAGAAACUCCAUUUUGAACUUGUCUAAUGAAAGAAAGGAGCAAUGCCCAUCGUCAAAUAAUGAACCAAUCGGUGCUUUUGAACUUUUUUUUAGUUAAUUACAAUUUACCAUUUACUUUCUACCAAUUACUCAGGUGGUGGUAGUGGUAUAGCUAGAAGUUUUAUACUUCCAUAAUCCUCAAGGCCUUCAUCUCCACAAAUGAAAAUUUCCUUUUUUAAAAAAAGAAAAAAAUUAUAUGUAAGUUUCUGGACCAGCUUAUAUCUAGCUCAACCAAUUUCACCCGGGAGAACUUUUGGUGUCAAGGAAACCUGUCUGAUAUUUAAUCCCAAAUAGCCUGGAACAAGAUGGUGCUAUCAGAAGAGGAAAUCACCAGGCUUUUCAGAAUUCGAAAAACCGUGUUUCAAAUGCUAAGAGACCGAGGCUAUUUUGUUGGAGACUUUGAGAUUGACAUGACAAGGGAGCAAUUUAAGCAAAAAUAUGGUGAAAACAUGAAAAGAGAAGACAUUGUUAUUAAUAAAUCCAAGAGAAAUGAUAGCAGUGAUCAGAUAUAUGUUUUUUUUCCAGAAGAGGCAAAGGUUGGCAUCAAGCCGUUGAAAACAUAUACCACCCGAAUGAAAUCAGAGAAUGUUUUUAGAGCAAUAUUGGUCGUUCAGCAGAAUUUGACCCCUUUUGCCCGUGCCUGUAUGAGUGAAGCAACUUCCAAAUCAUUCCACUUGGAAGUUUUCCAGGAAGCAGAAUUGCUAGUUAAUAUCAAAGAUCACGUCCUUGUUCCUGAGCACCAGUUACUUACCAAUGAAGAGAAAAAGACACUACUUGAGAGAUAUACCGUGAAAGAAACACAGCUACCACGCAUACAAGUGACGGACCCAGUUGCACGAUAUUAUGGGCUAAAGCGUGGCCAAGUUGUGAAGAUCAUCAGACCAAGUGAAACUGCAGGAAGAUAUGUAACUUACAGAUAUGUUGUCUGAGUAUGUUUAUGAUUUUGUAAUUGAACAUUUGACAUAUGUAUACACCUUGAAGUUAUGUUUUGAAGUCUUAAUUAGUGUUAUACUGGUUGUGAUAUCUGAGGUGAGUUGAAGAACUUUGGAACUUAAGUAUUUGGGAUUUAGAUGGGGGAACUUCAUGGUAUUAGUUGGAAGAUCAAUUAUUUCUAUUUAAGGGUACUUCUUUUGUAAAUUGUCCCCAUGGAACUGGAGUGUUGAAUUUAGAAAUAGCCAUCUUUAAAUCAAA